CUUCCUGCUUACAACUCCGACUCCAAUACAGAAUCGGCGUAUGGCCGUCCCGUCUUUGCGCUUCCCGCUCUCUUCAUGGAUGACCAAUAAACUACCUCCCUCCUUCAAAAUCUGUAUAAUCCCAAGAAUACCCUUCACACUAAGAGUGUUCUGCCAUUGCUCUGUCUCACAAUCUCUUCCGCCUUCCACUUCUCCUGCACCGACCGUCUUACCGGAGAAAUGGAUGCCCUUUCGCAAAAAAAAGGUCGUUAUGCGGGUCGGGUAUGUCGGGACCGAUUAUCGAGGUCUCCAAAUGCAGCGAGACGAGCAUUCAUUGUCAACCAUUGAAAAGGAACUGGAGGAUGCCAUAUACAAGGAUAGUAAUUAUGGGGAUUUACACAAAAUUUCAUGGGCAAGGAGUAGCCGAACUGAUAAAGGAGUUCACUCCUUGGCUACGAUGAUAUCCUUGAAAAUGGAAAUCCCUGAAUAUGCAUGGAAGGCAGACCCAUAUGGCACUGAUCUAGCAACACAAAUUAACCAUUAUCUCCCUGAUAAUGUGAGAGUUUUCGGCAUUUUACCUUCACAAGGGAGUUUUGAUCCUCGAAGGGAGUGUAAUUUACGGAAAUAUUCCUACCUCCUUCCUGCUGAAAUUAUUGGAAUCAGAGACCACUUUAGUGCAGCUGAAAUUGAUUAUCAUUGUUCGGAUUUCAACAAUAUAUUAAAGGCCUUUGAGGGGGAACAUCCUUUCCAUAACUAUACAGUAAGGUCCAAGUACCGAGAAAAAUAUCGAAGAGAGACUCCUCGUAACGGUCGCAUGCCAAGAAGGGUAAAUUCAUUCAAGGAGACAUCAACCUGCGAGUCAGAGGAAGGUGAUGGAGAAGAAAUUGGGAUCAAUGGAGAGACUGCAUUGUUCGAUAGUAAAACAAAUCAGAAUUCUUUGUAGCCCUAUGUUUCUGCUGAACAACUAGCAGACCCUUGCCUAGAUAAUGGAGAUAGCUUGAAGGAAAAGAAUUAUGAUAUGGUUGUCCAUGCAAGAUGGCUUCAUGAACCCGAUGAGUUGGACAGGAUAAGUGCUUCCCACUUCAGAACAGUUUUUCGCUGUUCUUGUGGAAAACUGGAAAAAUCACAUGGAUUUGGUUACAUCGAAAUUUCCAUAUGGGGAGAAUCUUUCAUGUUACAUAAGAUCCGCAAAAUGGUUGGAACUGCCGUGGCAGUGAAGCGGAACCUGCUCCCUAAAGGUGUUCUAACAUUGUCACUGGCCAAGUUCUCACGAAUUAUCCUACCACUUGCUCCAUCUGAAGUCUUGGUUUUGAGGGGAAAUAGUUUUUCUUCAAAGAAAAAAUCCGGUGAUUUAACAAGGCCAGAAAUGCUGGCAAUGGUUGAAUCAGAGGAGAUUCUCAGGUCAGUUGAUGAAUUCUACACUUCUCAAAUGCUGCAUCAAGUUUCGAGAUUCUUGGACCCUAUGGAAUCUCCUUGGAAGGAAUGGACACAGAAUUUGGAUGAGAAUACAAGCAUUCCAGAAGCACAGUUGGAUAGAGUCGGGAAUGCUUGGAAACAAUGGAAAGAAAAUUUUCAGAGCAGAACCAAUGCUGCAUCAGUAGAAAACCAAGUAAAUCACUGCACGUUUGGUUAAAUGUUGAAGUUUGAUACAGUGUUUUAAGAACAGGACGUUGACAUGGUCGACUUGGGCAAUCACUACCCGCAGUUGAUUUUUUGUGGUUUGUUGUUAUCUGCUUGGGCAAGGCAGAGAGCCUCUUGCAUCAGUUUUAUUCUGUGUAUCUUGUUUAGGCUGUGAUACAUAUAUUUGAGGGAAGUGACUUCUUCCUUUUUUUUUU